CAUGCUCCCCGGCGGUCUCCGCAGCGCUCACUGGAUCCGGCGAGGGCCUCUGAGGCCCGCAAGUUCCCGGUCCGGGCGCGGGCAUGGCGGCCAGCCUGUGGAUGGGGGACCUGGAACCCUACAUGGACGAGAACUUCAUCUCCAGAGCCUUUGCCACCAUGGGGGAGACCGUGAUGAGCGUCAAAAUUAUCCGAAACCGCCUCACUGGGAUCCCAGCUGGCUACUGUUUUGUAGAAUUUGCAGAUUUGGCCACAGCGGAGAAGUGUUUGCAUAAAAUUAAUGGGAAACCCCUUCCAGGAGCCACACCUGCAAAACGUUUUAAACUGAACUAUGCUACUUAUGGGAAACAACCUGAUAACAGCCCUGAGUAUUCCCUCUUUGUUGGGGACCUGACCCCAGACGUGGACGAUGGCAUGCUAUAUGAAUUCUUCGUCAAAGUCUACCCUUCCUGUCGGGGAGGCAAGGUGGUUUUGGACCAGACGGGCGUGUCUAAGGGUUAUGGUUUUGUGAAAUUCACAGAUGAAUUGGAACAGAAACGAGCCCUGACGGAGUGCCAGGGAGCAGUAGGACUGGGGUCUAAACCUGUGCGGCUGAGCGUGGCAAUCCCUAAAGCGAGCCGUGUGAAGCCAGUGGAAUAUAGUCAGAUGUACAGUUACAGCUACAACCAGUAUUACCAGCAGUACCAGAACUACUAUGCCCAGUGGGGCUAUGACCAGAACACAGGCAGCUACAGCUACAGUUACCCCCAGUAUGGCUAUACCCAAAGCACCAUGCAGACAUAUGAAGAAGUUGGAGAUGAUGCAUUGGAAGACCCCAUGCCGCAGCUGGAUGUGACUGAGGCCAACAAGGAGUUCAUGGAACAGAGUGAGGAGCUGUAUGAUGCGCUGAUGGACUGUCACUGGCAGCCCUUGGACACAGUGUCUUCAGAGAUUCCUGCCAUGAUGUAGCCAGGACAAAGGACAAAGGACAAGCCAGGAUGAACUACGUGAGGGAGAUGAGACUCUUUUUAAAAAAUUGUGCAACAUUUUGGAAGUAUGACUUGUUUUAAUAAUGACUGAGAUUGAACAUUUCUGCAAUGUGCUGCCUUCAUUUGACAGUGAGCCACUUGAGUUUGAAAACCAAGGGACCAACUGUUGAACAAGGUUCAAACUGCUAUUUUCUUAAGAAUCAUUUAGAGGCAGUUAACCACACUUCUGGAGGUAAGGACAGCUUGGGCACAAUUCAAAACUGUGCUAAACCGUGGGUUUAGAGGCUGUUUCUUGGGCCGAGCCCGUGGCGCACUUGGUAGAGGCUGUUUCUUAGGUGACAGGCAUGU